UUUUGUUUGAAAUUGUUUAAUAUUUAGAUUGCACCACUAUUUUUCUCGACUCAAGCUGCAGCUAUUUCUUUCCCCUUGCUCCAUGCCGACUUCAGAGGAGCCAUGGCGCAUCCCAGAGUCCUCCAAUUCGCCAAUCUUCUCCAACCUUGCAUCAAGAACAAAGCCUUGCUCUCUGGUAAAGCCAUCCACGCUCAAAUAUUCGCCUGUGGCUUCUCUCUCGACACCUUCCUCUCGAACCGCCUUGUGGAGCUCUACUCCCAGUGCAAUCAAUUCGACUACGCCCUCAAUUCCUUCUAUUCAAUUCUCAAUCCAAACAUCUUCUCCUGGAAUGCCAUCCUGUCCUCUGCUUCCAAAUCUGGGAACAUUGAUUUAGCGCAGCAGCUGUUUGAUCAAAUGCCUGAGAAAAAUGUGGUCUCCUGGAACACCAUGAUCAGUGUUCUGGCACGAAGAGGACCAGAAGAAAAAGCCUUGAACUUGCACCAUGAAAUGAUUCAGCAAGGAUUAAUGCCGACCCAUUUCACUUUCGCAAGUGUCCUCAGUGCGUGUGCGAGCUUGAUGGAUUUGGUUGGCGGUACGAAAUGCCAUGGCGUCAUUGUCAAGGUGGGUCUUGAUUCUCAUUUAUUUGUAGAGAACGCUCUUCUUUCUUUGUAUACCAAAUGUGGGAUUCUUGAUGACGCAGUGAGGCUCUUUGAUGGCAUGGCUCGACCCAAUGAGGUGUCGUUUACUGCUAUAAUUGGUGGUUUGGUGCAAAGCGGUUGUAUUGCAGAAGCUUUAAGAUUGUUUGCGAGAAUGCAUAAAAAUGGUGUUUUGAUAGACCAGGUUGCAGUUUCUAGUGUUCUUGGUGCUUGCGCUAGAACUGAAGAUGAAUCAUAUUGCCUUGAUGAGCUAUCUUUUAGUUAUAGUGUCGGUCAGGCAAUACACGCCAUUGUUUUAAAACAUGGCUUUGAAUCAGAAUCACAUGUUGGUAACUCGCUGAUGGACAUGUAUGCAAAGCAUGGAGACAUGGAGAAAGCUGACUUUAUUUUCAAGACAUUGCCCGCAAUCAAUGUUGUUUCAUGGAAUGUUAUAAUUGCUGGAUAUGGAAAGAAUGGUGAUGCUGAUAGGGCUGUUGAUAUGUGGAAGCUGAUGCAGGAAUCUCAAUUCGAACCAGAUGAGGUUACUUAUAUCAGUAUGCUGAGUGCUUGUGUGAAGUCUGGAGACACUGAAACUGCUAGGAAAAUGUUUGAUAAGAUAAAAUCUCCUAGUGUGGCAUCAUACAAUGCCAUACUUUCUGGUUACUGUCAAAAUGAGGAUCACCAGGAAGCAAUAGAGUUGUUUAGGGAAAUGAAGUUUUCAAACUUAGAACCAAAUCGAACGACAUUGGCAAUCAUUCUGAGCUCAUGCUCUGGAAUGGGAGUUUUUGAGCUUGGCAAACAGGUCCAUGGUGCUGCUAUGAGGGUGAUACUCCAUGAAGACAUGUUUGUCUCUAGCGGGCUUGUUGAUAUGUAUUCAAAGUGUGGUGAUAUUGAGGCAGCUAGGAAAGUUUUUGAUAGGAUGAAAGACAGGGAUGUUGUCAGUUGGAAUUCAAUGAUUACAGGUUUUGCUCACCAUUCUCUAAAUAGGGAAGCUUUUUCCUUCUUUAAAAUGAUGAGAGAAGAUGGUUUGUCUCCAACCGAGUCCUCUUAUGCAAGUACAAUCAAUUCAUGUGCCAGAUUGUGCUCCUUACCGCAGGGAAGACAGGCACAUGCCCAGGUAAUAAAGGAUGGGCAUGAUUGUGACUUUUAUGUUGGCAGUUCUAUUAUCGAUAUGUAUGGCAAAUGUGGCGUAGUAACUGAGGCACGCCUUUUUUUCGACGGAAUGCCAUCGAAGAACAUUGUUUCAUGGAACGAAAUGAUACAUGGAUAUGCACAAAAUGGUUAUGGAGAGGAAGCCAUUGAGCUCUUUGAAUACAUGCUAGACACCAAAGAGAAGCCUGAUUCUGUGACUUUUGUUGCUGUUCUGACUGCUUGUAGCCAUUCAGGGUUUGUUGACAAGGGAAUAAGAUUCUUCAACUCCAUGAAAGUUGAGUAUGACAUUGAGCCAUUGGCUGAUCACUAUACUUGUAUUUUGGAUACUUUGGGGCGUGCUGGCUGCCUGAGAGACACAAAGUUACUAUUAGACAAAAUGCCUUAUAAAGAUGAUCCCAUAGUAUGGGAGGUUGUGCUUAGUGCCUGUGUAGUUCAUGGAGAUGCCAGCUUAGGCAGGAGAGCAGCCGAAGAACUCUUCAGGAUUGACCCGAAGAAUUCUGCACCGUAUGUGCUGCUAGCUAAUAUGUAUGCCUCUGCAGGCAAAUGGGCUCAUGCAGCUGCUGUGAGAAAAUUAAUGAGUGAUAGAGGAGUGGUAAAAGAUAGAGGGUAUAGCUGGAUUAAUAAUAAGAAUGGUGUCCAGGCAUUCAUGGUGGAUGAUUGUCUGGAUUUGGUGGGUGGCAAUGGAAGAAAAUUAAAUGGUGAUGCUCCCUCUCAUGAAAUUUGUGCUGCUUGAUGCAGCAAAAAUGAGGAUUCAAGGAGAAGAAUGUCUUUACUUUUUAGCAAGUAUGCGACGGUUAUACAUUAAUCAGAAUGUAUCAGUAGCUCGUCCAUCCAGGACACCUUCAUGAGCUAGGUCAUUUUGGACAUGUUGGCUGCCUCAGGAACUAAUCAAUUGGUGCAUGGCUGCUCAUGCAUAAUUAAGGAUUGUACAGAUUUGAUAGAUGGCGAUGGUGGAAAACAAAAUAUUAAAUGUCAUUCACGCGUUGGACUGAUUAUUUAUUCUUUCCAGCCUUUGAUGAUAAAUAUGCAAGACUAUCAAAUUUAGUGUCAAGCUAUCGAGGAAACCUGAAAUUUCAGAUUCAAUGGGAUUAAAUUUGAAGAUUGAUUUCUUUUUGGAUCAACAAACUAAAUUUGAGGUAAAAUUUAUAGGACAGUACUAUUUUAUCAAAACUACAACUUUGUUUCAGAUUUUUCUCUUGGAGAUAUGCUUAAAUUCAAAUGGCUUUUUUCCCCUGCAAUAUAUUCCAGUGAGUUGUCAUAAGUUUCAACUAGUUUGGAGGAACAGGUUCCUGAGUUGGACGUGCAGUGUUGGAAGGUUUUUCUAAUGCAUAUUUAUUUCUUGGACUAAAAGAUGUUUAAGGUUUGUGUUAACCAAGAUAAUGUAUGAUGGCUUGAAAAUGCACUGUAUUUUAUCAAGGAUGCUACAUUUUUUAUAUACUCAUGGCU